UUGUACGACUUCCUCCAGUCUCGCGCAAACUCACAUCGUUGUAGAAUGCGGAUUUCGAUGCUAACUUUACUAGCUAGCCCCUUUUGCUAAAAACAAGCACUUAGCUGGGACUUUUGCCCGGGUUAACAUGUCUAAAUGCACGCACCCCAUACCCCCAUUAUCCUCAUCAGGGACUACCGGUAGUCAUUCGUCGUCCUCGUCGUCUUCGUCCGCUGGGGGCUCGACAUCUCCCGCGACCGUGUUGAACGUUCAGCCCGAAAAACCCCAACACUACACAUAUCUCAAGGAAUUCCGAACGGAGCAGUGUGCCCUCUUUGUACAGCAUAAAUGUACACAACACCGGCCUUUUUCCUGUUUCCACUGGCACUUCUUGAACCAAAGGCGUCGCAGGCCCGUGAGAAAACGGGACGGAACAUUCAACUACAGUCCAGAUGUCUACUGCACCAAAUAUGACGAGGGAACGGGAACCUGUCCUGAUGGAGAUGAGUGUGCCUUUUUACAUCGGACGGCUGGAGACACGGAACGAAGGUAUCACCUCCGCUACUAUAAGACGGGAUCUUGCAUUCACGAAACGGAUACAAAAGGCCACUGCAGCAAAAACGGCUGCCAUUGCGCUUUUGCGCACGGUUCACACGACUUGCGCAGCCCUGUGUAUGAUGUCAGGGAAGCGCAGGUCGCCGAGUGUCAAGGUGGCGCGGGGCCCUCGGAAGGAGCCGGAGGAGAUGCGCAGUCGGGCCAGGCGGCGAGUACGGCGCUCAUCGAGAAGAUUCUGAGCGAGGAACCGCGUUGGCAAGAUAGCAACUACGUGUUGUCCCACUACAAGACGGAACUGUGCAAGAAGCCGCCGCGCUUGUGUCGUCAAGGUUACGCCUGCCCGUAUUAUCAUAACAGCAAAGACAGGCGGCGCAGCCCACAUAAGCACAACUACAGAGCUUUGCCUUGUCCGGCUGUCAAACUAAGCGAGGAGUGGGGCGAUCCCAGCAAAUGCCAGUGCGCCGAGGGAUGUCAGUAUUGCCACACGAGAACGGAACAACAGUUCCAUCCUGAGAUUUACAAGUCCACAAAGUGCAAUGACAUGCAACAGUGCGGCAGCUGUCCCCGGGGACCCUUUUGUGCUUUUGCUCAUGUCGAAAAAGCUUUUGUCUUCGAGGAGUCCUUCUCCUCCCCCAGAUCCCCCCCGCCGCUCUGUCUCCCACAAGCCGGUCCCGCGGAGGAGCUCGCAGACUCCAGAGGACACAAUCAGGGCCUGGCUCGCGGCUCCGAUCCCUUCUCUCCUCCCCCUGCCGGGUCGCAUGUUGCUGAGCGAAGCCUGCUGGGUAGCGUGCUAAGUUUGUGUGAGGACAUGAGGGGAGCAGCUGAGCCUUUGUCUCCUUGGGCCGGUGAAGGAGGCUAUGGCAGGGCGCCUGGAUUUGAGAGGGAGGAUCAGGCUAAACAAAGAAGCUUUGCGCUGGAGCAGCGCAGCAGGGAAGUGACAUCAGCGCCAAGCAGUAAACAGGAUCUACUGGUUUUUCUACCAGUAGGCAGCCCUUUAAGCCUGUCUUCCAGCAUCCCCUCCAGUCUGGCGGCAACCCCGCCAAGCCCCGCCGCCCUCGGACCACCAAGCGUGGCAUCAGGCAUGAACGCCAACGCCUUGCCCUUCUAUCCCACCAGUGAGACUGUGGAGUCUGUUGUCGAGUCGGCGUUGGAUGAUCUUGACCUGAAUGAUUUUGGUGCUUCGGCAUUGGAGAGUAGUUCAAGUUUGCCGCGGGUGGGAGUGAGGCCAGGUGGGAAGCGGCUUCAGAGUUCCGCCCCAGUCAACAUCCCGGGAUCCUUUAGCGCACCAGCUCCUUUUAGCUCUCCUUCGCCGUCCCCGCCGAUCAGACCACGCGCUUCUCCAUUCUUCUCCACUCAGCUCUCCCAAGCUGGCCCACAAGAGAGCCCCUUCCUGGGCCCAUCUCAUAGCUCCUUAGGUCUGAAUGGUAUGAGCAGUCACAUCUGGGAGCACUUCCCCUCAGGGCAGGGCUCCCCCGGCACCCCCCCUGCCUCGAUGCCCUCCGGCCCCUGCACAGAGACGUCCAGGCUCAAACAGGAACUGGAGGAGGCUCACAGGGCGCUGAAGCAGUGGGGACACAGCUGGAAACACACAGCUCAGUCGUGGGCCACCCUGAAAGCAGACGCAGAGGAGUCGCGCGCCCUCGCGGGACGCUUGGCCGCCGAGGCCGAGGGAUCCAGGCGUUGUGAGGAGGAGGUGCAGAGGCAAUCUUCUCUCCUGGAGGAAGCGCUGGAGACCCUGAAGAGUGGAGACAACCCCCACCUAUCAUUACACCAGCUCCAGAUGCUCCACAGACUUCCUUUGGAAUCCAUCCUCAGUCUGCAGGCACAACUCUGCAGCUGCUUACACACCGUGGAAGAGGUGGUGUACAAGAAGCAGAGGCAGUGUUGCGUGUCAUGUGGAGAGCAGGGCUCCGUCUCCCUGCCCUGCGGCCAUGGGCUACAUUGCGAGAGCUGCUCCACAACCACCGCGUGCCCCCUUUGUCCUGAAGCCACGCUGGAGCAGCAGAAGCAGCAACAGCAGCAGCUCUCUUGACCCUUGGGACCAGUAGAAGCACCGCCGCGCCGUGAAAAUUCCACAUGGGUCAGUCCUCAUUCCUCAACUACCAGCCGUGGUCAAGGUUCUUACUUGUUUUUACUGCAACAGAUGAUCAUUUGAUGAGGUGUACAGUGAACUCUCGCAAAAAUCCCUACGUUUUGGACAUCCAGAACUUUCUAAUUGCCCAAACAUACCACCAGAUGGUGAUAAAGCAACAACAGGCAAAAAGAAAAGAAUGAUUACGGCGGCGGUUUAUAAAAGGAAGCAUUAGCAUUUUUUUUCUUUUGCUAACUCAUUUCACUUGAGGCAUGUCGACUUUUAUACAUUUUUGACAUUGUUUCUGUCAUUUUACAGUGAUUAUCGAAAUGGACGGAUGACUAAGCAGCCAUUUUUAUAUCUUAACCAAUUUACAAGUCUUACUUAAGUGAUGUGCGACAGACAGUAAACCCUCAAGGGCGCAUGUAAAUUGUACGUGAUAUAGCUACAGCCAAAGGGGGUCACCAGGUCGAGGUUAGAUUGGAUUUAUUUUGAUUAGCAACAAAAAAAAAAAAAAAUAGAACAUCGAGGAGCAAAGUAAAAAAAAAAAAAGUAUGGACAACAGGCAGCCUCUGUUAAAGCACUCAGGUUUCUCGAAGAGGAAUGCAUGUGAACACAAUCAAGUUAAAUAUACUCAGUCGACUUGUGUAGUCUUUUAAAUGACAUUUUUUACUUCAUAACUUUUCACUUUGUCUCAAUGACACAUUUGUCUUCAUACCUGCCGUUUGACAUUGUUGACAUUUCAUUUGACAUAUUCUGUUCAAUGACAUCAUAUUUGAUUGCACUGAUGAGACAAAGCAUUAGCAUUAGUUGAUUUUCAUCUUUUACAGGUGUUUCAUUGUAAAUGGAUUUAGUUCAAUAAAGCAAAUUGUAUAUUUUUAAAUGAA